CUUCAGGCCCAUCAACCCAACACUCACACCCCCACCCUGACCCCCAUGGACGUCAAGUGAAUACAUAGUGACGUCAGAGUUGAGUGUGGGUGGGCGUGGGAAACAGCUAAUGGGCGUGAGUACCAGCUGGUGGCCCCCCAAGGAUGAUAACCCCUGGGUUAUCCUGCCAGAGUGAGCUGAUAACCCCUGGGUUAUCCUGCCAGAGUCCUCCAACAGAGAGUAUUGUGGUGGGACGGCCAUGUCCUCACACAACAAUGAGAGAGGGGGGGAGCAUCUUCGUCAAGGAUCAUCAAUGUGGAAGUCUUUUUUGUACCAGCUUCAAGAGGAAGCACCCAAGCCAGCUGCUGUCUUGUGCACUGAUAGACCACCAGACAGUCCCUCUCAUUAUGGUUUGGAGUAUCAUGGCGAAAUUGGACGACACCUGUGCCAAGAGCUUCUCACACUGGAAGGGACAUAUCUUGUGAGACAUAGUGAGAAGGCUGAGGGAUUUUACACGCUAAGUAUGCGAUUUAACAAUCAAAUAAAACACUUCCGCUUAUACUAUGAUAGCAAGAAACACUAUGUUGGUGAGAAGCGCUUUGAUACUCUGCAUGAUUUAGUAGCCGAUGGACUUGUCACGCUCUAUAUAGAGUUGAAGGCAGGAGAGCGCCUAAAGAAUAUAUCAACUGGGUCUUAUGCCAACUCCCCUUAUUAUACUCUCACCAGGUCCAUUCGAAAUCACAUCCUGACUAGCUAUCGUGCAGCAAACAAAGAGAAUAACCAGCAAAAUGAAAAGUUAGAUACUUCAAUAUUUUAUGUGACAACUCCAGUGGAGAAAGUAACAGUGGAUGCUGCUGACUCUCUGGACACCACUACACAGCGUCCCCAUCGAUUCGUCGUCAGUACAUUCACAGGACUCCACUGGUGUGGGUUUUGCGGUCAUUUCCUCUGGGGUAUCGUGUCCCAAGGUGUUAAGUGUCAGGACUGUGGUGUCAGGGCACAUAAGCAAUGCAGCUGCAAGGUUCCUAAUGACUGCUGCCCAGACCUCAAGGAUCUACAGAGUAUAUUUGGUGUUGAUCUUACAACGAGCCUGGUGAGCCGAGGAGGCACGGGAGAUGAUGUUCCAUCUGUUGUAACAGAGUGUAUAGCAGAGGUGGAGGCACGGGGCCUGGCAUCAGAAGGCAUAUAUAGGAUUCCUGGCUCACAAGAUCAAAUAGAAGCUCUAAAGUUGGCUUUUGAAAGAGAUGGCAACCGGGUGAGCUUAAAUGAGAAAGCAGUAGGGGACAUCAAUGUGGUUGCUGGAGUCUUGAAACUCUACUUAAGACUUUUACCCAUUCCCCUUAUUACCAUUGAUUGCUUCAAUAAACUACUGGCAGCUUGCAAGUUAAGUGAUCCAGUAUCACAAGUGUCAAGUAUUCAAGAGGCUCUCUUGACUCUUCCAUCUGCACACUUUGCUACUCUUAAAGUUAUCAUCUCACAUCUUGGCAGGGUGUAUGAACAUUGUGCAGUGAAUAAGAUGAGUGCUACCAGCCUGAGCACAGUCUUUGCACCCACACUCAUCCAAUCUAUUGCCUUUGGUGAUGAUAUUCGACCAGCAGAUUUGCUUGCCUUAGCAAACACCGCUCAAGAACCAAGAGUUGUGGAGGCACUCAUUGUCUACCACCGAGAUAUUUUUCCAUGAGAUACUUUUUGUAAUGUACUGUAAGUUUCUUAUUAUCCAUUAUGGAGGUAUUCAUUGUCUACCACUAAGAUGUUUACCCAUAAUGUUUUUGUAAUGCACUCUGUCUUCUUAAGAUCCACUUAAAAAACUUUUGUUUUCAAACAUUUGUGUGUCAAGUAACUUGUGCCUUUUCUAUAUUAGGUCAGACUAUCUCAAAAUGUGUUUUGGAGUAAGAUUAAGAAAUGCAUAUAACCAUUAUACAAUUAUAAGUGCUCUUUUGUGAUAUCUGCUCUCUAAACAGUGUACCAAACUCUAAAUUCUAGAUGACAUUUAAAAAAUAUGAAGAUUAAAACAAGUGAUAUGAGUGACUAUUGUGUGUAGAUAAAUAAUGGUUUAAAAUGUAUAUUCUUUUAGUUCAAAUUUGUGUGAUGAAUGCAAGUGUAUAGUCUUUUUUCGUCUCAAGAGAGGUACCUUCAUGCCAGUAAGGGUUCAUAAUCCAAGGACCUUGAUCUAGUCUUCCUAUGGACUGAGCUAGAAUUCCUCCCAUUCCCCAGGUGCUGUAUGUCCACUAUGGUUUAGCACUUCCUCCCUAAUUAAAAAUGUUGUGUUCAAGAAUAUGAUGUAUGAGAUAUGUGUUAGAUGGGAAAAUAUGCAAGUUUCAGUGUGAUGAUAAACCAUUUCUUUUUCUCAUAUAGUCCCUUCUUGGGGGGGAGGGGGUCUUGAUACUGGUAAAGGUUUUUGAUCCUAGGAAUUGGAACCAUCCUUACUCAUGCCUGAUUACCUUCUUUUUCAUAGGUGCUGUAUAAGCUUUACAGGUUUAUUGGUUCAUUGCAAUAAUAAUACUAGUUCAUGUUUAGUUUGCAAAGGUACAGGUAUUAUUCUUAUAAUAAAAAACAAAGUGCUAAACCUACUAGGGUCAUGCAGUGCAAAGGUACAAGAAAGAUGUUGUUCAUUUUGGUAAUUGGGCAUUUGUUUAUCCUCAGUUGCUGGUGACAAAAUAGCAUUUUGACUAUUUUGUUAGUUUAGGUACAAACUGAUAGUUUUUGCAAGUUGUCCUAGCAGUGAAGUUUGUAUAUUAAUUAAUGAGGUCACAUAACCCUGCUUAUUUGCUGAAAAGACCAAGCUGAAGGAAUGAAGAAAGGAGACAAACCCUGUGAAUGUAGGAAAAGUAUGACAAAGUAAAUGCAGGUAUACAAAUAAUUUGCUCCAACUUAAGGUUUACUGCAUUUGUGUAUUGGAUAGUAAGUUUAUUGGCCACAAGCAAACUGAGUGCCUCUUCUCUUCUUGAAUAUAUUUUUCUGGCUAUAGUUGCACUUCAGGGCCCACUUGGUGGUCAGUUACAUUUUAUUCAUCUCCACAUUACUAUUUUCAAUAAAUUCUUCACACAUGGUGUUCUAAAAGUUUCAGGAGUGCUGUACCCAUCUUCAUAUCCAGGUUAAGGAUAUUGGGCUCCCAGAGUGAGCACAGAGUCCCACUUGUUGGUUUCCAAGGUAAUAAUUAAGUGGGUAUUGAGACCACACUAUAAUAGCCUUCUGCUUCAUAGUGACCUCUUGGGCUACAUAGAUUAGUUUUUAAAUGGGAGGCUGCAGCCCAGUGGACAUACAGCAAAUGCAAGGAUUUUCACUUCGAGAUGAUUCUCUUUAGACUGAGGAUAUGACACAUGCUUACUGGUGAUCUUGCUCUUUUCUGUGCAUCUUGUGGUAUACUACUGACUGGCAUAUUUUAAUGGCUUACAAUCGAGUUCAGUAGCAUUUUAUGACCACCUAGGUGCAUGUAGAAACCUUGGGCAAAUUUUCAGGGAUUCUUUUGGUGUUAUUGACAUGGUGUGUUUUAAAUUGACUUUGGAUAUUUAACUCUGAUAUUAGAAGAGUGAUUAAUGUGUGCUUGUUAGUGUGAUUUUGGGGGUUAUAGCUUGUGUGUGUGUGUGUUAGUUACCAUUUUGUCCUAGGCACAUGUUGAUUAGACACUAGGCCUGUUUUUUUUUUUUUUUUUUUUUUUUGUGUGUGUGUGUGUGUGUGUGUGUGUGUGUGUGUGUGUGUAUACACUCAUAUAUUUGUACUCACCUAUUUGUGGUUGCAGGGGUCGAGUCAUAGCUCCUGGCCCUGCCUCUUCACUGAUUGCUACUAGGUCCUCUCUCUCCCUGCUCCAUGAGCUUUAUCAAACCUUGCCUUAAAACUAUGUAUGGUUCCCACCUCCACUACGUCACUUUCUAGGCUAUUCCACUACCUGACAACUCUAUGACUGAAGAAAUGCUUCCUAACUUCCCUUUGACUCAUCUGAAUCUUCAACUUCCAAUUGUGACCCCUUGUUUCUGUGUCCCCUCUCUGGAACAUCCUGUCUCUGUCCAUCUUGUCUAUCCAUGCAGUAUUUUAUAUGUCGUUAUCAUGUCUCUCCUAACCCUCCUGUCCUCCAGUGUCAUCAGGCCGAUUUCCUUUAACUUUUCAUCGUAGAUAUUCCCCUUAGCUCUGGAACUAACCUUGUCGUAAACCUUUGCACUUUCUCUAAUUUCUUGACGUGCUUGAUCAAGUGUGGGUUCCAAACAGGGGUGUGUGUGGGGAUGUACUCACCUAUUUGUACUCACCUAUUUGUGGUUGCAGGGGUCGAACAUAGCUCCUGGCCCCGCCUCUUCACCGAUUGCUACUAGGUCCUCUCUCUCCCUGCUCCAUGAGCUUUAUCAUACUUCGCCUUAAAACUAUGUAUGGUUCCCGCCUCCACUACUUCACUUUCUAGGCUAUUCCACGGCUUGACUACUCUAUGACUGAAGAAAUACUUCCUAACAUCCCUUUGAUUCAUCUGAGUCUUCAACUUCCAAUUGUGACCUCUCGUGUCUGUGUCCCAUCUCUGGAACAUCCCGUCUUUGUCCACCUCGUCUAUUCCGCUCAGUAUUUUAUAUGUCGUUAUCAUGUCUCCCCUGACCCUCCUGGCCUCCAGUGUCGUCAGGCCGAUUUCCCUCAACCUUUCUUCGUAGGACAAUCCCCGUAGCUCUGGGACUAGCCUUGUUGCAAACCUUUGCACUUUCUCUAAUUUCUUGACGUGCUUGACUAGGUGUGGAUUCCAAACUGGUGCUGCAUACUCCAGUAUGGGCCUGACGUAAAUGGUAUACAGAGUCUUGAACGGCUCCUUACUGAGGUAUCGGAACGCUAUCCGUAGGUUUGCCAGGCGCCCGUAUGCUGCAGCAGUUAUCUGAUUGAUGUGCGCCUCAGGAGAUAUGCUCGGUGUUAUACUCACCCCCAGAUCUUUUUCCUUGAGUGAGAUUUGCAGACUUUGGCCAUCUAAACUAUAUUGUGUCUGCGGUCUUCUUUGCCCUUUCCCAAUCUUCAUGACUUUGCAUUUGGCGGGGUUAAACUCAAGGAGCCAGUUGCUGGACUAGGCUUGUAGCCUGUCCAGGUGUGUGUGUGUGUGUGUGUGUGUGUGUGUGUGUGUGUGUAUGUUUACCUGGAGAGAGUUCCGGGGGUCAACGCCCCCGCGGCCCGGUCUGAGACCAGGCCUCCUGGUGGAUCAGAGCCUGAUCAACCAGGCUGUUGCUGCUGGCUGCACGCAAACCAACAUACGAGCCACAGCCCGGCUGAUCCGGAACUGACUUUAGGUGUACUCACCUAAUUCACCUAAUUGUGGUUGCAGGGGUCGAGACUUGGCUCCUGGCCCUGCCUCUUCACUGAUCGCUACUAGGUCCUCUCCCUCUCUGCUUCCUGAGCUUUGUCAUACCUCUUCUUAAAACUAUGUAUGGUUCCUGCCUCCACUACUUCACUUGCUAGGCUGUUCCACUUCCUGACGACUCUAUGACUGAAGAAAUACUUCCUAACGUCCCUGUGACUCGUGUGAGUCUUCAGCUUCCAGUUGUGACCCCUUGUUUCUGUGUCCCCUCUCUGGAACAUCCUAUCUCUGUCCACCUUGUCUAUUCCCCGCAGUAUCUUGUAUGUCGUUAUCAUGUCUCCCCUGUGUGAGUGUGUGUGUGUGUGUGUGUGUGUGUGUGUGUGUGUGUAUGUAUGUAUGUAUGUGUUAGCAUUUUGUACUAGGCACAUGUUGAUUAGACACUAGGCCCGUGUGUGUGUGUGUGUGUACUCACCUAUUUGUACUCACCUAUUUGUGGUUGCAGGGGUCGAGUCACAGCUCCUGGCCCCGCCUCUUCGCUGAUUGCUACUAGGUCCUCUCUCUCCCUGCCCCAUGAGCUCUAUCAUACCUCGCCUUAAAACUAUGUAUGGUUCCUGCCUCCACCACAUCACUUUCUAGGCUAUUCCAUGGCCUGACUACUCUAUGACUGAAGAAAUACUUCCUAACAUCCCUUUGAUUCAUCUGAGUCUUCAACUUCCAAUUGUGACCUCUUGUGUCUGUGUCCCAUCUCUGGAACAUCCCGUCUUUGUCCACCUCGUCUAUUCCGCGCAGUAUUUUAUAUGUCGUUAUCAUGUCUCCCCUGACCCUCCUGGCCUCCAGUGUCGUCAGGCCGAUUUCCCUCAACCUUUCUUCAUAGGACAAUCCCCGUAGCUCUGGGACUAGUCUUGUUGCAAACCUUUGCACUUUCUCUAAUUUCUUGACGUGCUUGACUAGGUGUGGAUUCCAAACUGUGUGUGUGUGCAUGUGUGUGUGUGUGUGUGUGUGUACUCACCUAUUUGCACUCACCUAUUUGUGGUUGUGGUUACAGGGGUCGAUUCUUAGCUCCUGGCCCCACCUCUUCUCUGGUUGCUACUGGGUCCUCUCUCUUCCUGCUCCAUGAGCUUUAUCAAACCUUGUCUUAAAACUAUGUAUGGUUCCCGCCUCCACUACGUCACUUUCUAGUCUAUUUCACUGCCUCACAAAUCUAUGACUGAAGAAAUACUUCCUAACAUCUCUUUGACUCGUCUGAGUCUUCAACUUCCAAUUGUGACCUCUUGUUUCUGUGUCCCCUCCCUGGAACAUCCUGUCUUUGUUCACCUUGUCUAUUCCAUGCAGUAUUUUAUAUGUCGUUAUCAUGUCUCCCCUGACCCUCCUGUCCUCCAAUGUCGUCAGGCUGAUUUCCCUUAACCUUUCUUCAUAGGACAUUCCCCUUAGCUCUGGAACCAACCUUGUUGCAAACCUUUGCACUUUCUCUAAUUUCUUGACGUGCUUGAUCAAGUGCAGGUUCCAAACUGGUGCUGCAUUCUCCAGUAUGGGCCUGACGUACACGGUGUACAGUGUCUUGAACGAUUCCUUACUAAGGUAUCGGAACGCUGUUCUCAGGUGUGUGUGAGAGAAGUAUACGUUCUCACAGUAACUAAUAACAUUAUUUUCAACGUGUGUAUGUGUGUGUGUGUGUGUGUGUGUGUGUGUGUGUGUUUGUUUCUACUCACCUAGUUGUGGUUGCAGGGGUCGAGGCAUAGCUCCUGGCCCCGCCUCUUCACUGGCCGCUACUGGGUCACACUCCCUGCACCAUGAGCCUAAUCAUACCUCUGCUUAAAGCUAUGAAUGGAUCCUGCCUCCACUACAUCGCUUCCCAAACUAUUCCACUUCCUGACUACUCUGUGACUGAAGAAAUACUUCUUAACAUCCUGUGAUUCAUCUGUGUCUUCAACUUUUCAACUGUCCCCCCUUGUUGCUGUGACCCAUCUCUGGAACGUUAUGUGUCUGUCCACUUUGUCAAUUCCUCUCAGUAUUUUAUAUGUUAUCAUGUCCUUCCUAUCUCUCUUGUCCUCCAGUGUCGUCAGGUCGAUCUUGCUUAACCUCUCCUUGCAGGACAAACCCCUUAGCUCUGGGACUAGUCUUGUUGCAAACCUUUGCACUUUCUCCAGUUUCUUUACGUGCUUGGCUAGAUGUGGGUUCCAAACUGGUGCUGCAUACUCCAAUAUGGGCCUAACGUACACAGUGUACAGGGUCCUGAACGAUUCCUUAUUAAGAUGGAGGAAUGCUGUUCUUAGGUUUUCUAGGCACCCAUAUGCUGCAGCAGUUAUUUGGUUGAUGUGCACCUCAGGAGAUGUGCCUGGUGUUGUACUCACCUCAAGAUCUUUUUCCUUGAGUGAAGUUUGUAGUCUCUGGCCCCCUAGACUACUCCAUCUACGAUCUUCUUUGCCCUUCCCCAAUCUUCAUGACUUUGCACUUGGCGGGAUUGAACUCCAGGAGCCAAUUGCUGAACCAGGCCUGCAGCCUGUCCAGAUCCCUUUGUAGUUAUGCCUAGUUCUCAUCCAAUUGAAUUCUUCUCUUCAACUUCACAUCAUCUGCAAACAGAGACACUUCAGGGUCUAUUCCUUCCGUCAUGCCGUUCACAAAUACCAGAAACAGCACCGGUCCUAGGACUGACCCCUGUGGAACCCCACUCAUCACAGGCGUCCACCUCUUCACUGGUCACUACUAGGUCACUCCCUUCCUGCUCCAUGAGCUGUAUCAUACCUCUUAAUUAAAGCUGUGUGAGUGUGUGCACAUGCACUCAUGUACCCUUUUAUUGAGAAGACCACUGAAUGAUCUCUUAGUUCCAGUGCAGUGUAAAUUUAAAAAUUUCCUUUCUGCCCUUUCAAUAAAUAGUUUUUCAUGAAUGUGGCUGUGCUGGGCUGGUCGUGGACCAGGCCAUGGUGCCUAGUCCGUGACCACCAUCUUGGUGGUCACAAUGUACAGAGGCUUAACUAAGCACUGCUGUGUGUGUGUGUGUGUUAGCCAUGCAUGGUGAUCCAUGUACUCCUUGCUUCUGCUUACUUGGAAGUUGAGAAUUUAGGCCGUUAAUAUAAACAUAUCCUCCAUUUUCAGGAGAGAAUUUUGGCUUAAUAACAUUGACCAAUACCUUCAGCAGUACCUGUAAUGAUCUGAUCAUUGGAAACAAAAGUUCAACAAAUGUAUUUUGUGACAUUUGUGAUUAUAGAUAAGUUUACUGCUAAUGUAGAUUGGCCAAAUGAAGUAUUAAAAUUGCCUUAAAUAUUUUAGCUAUACAAUUUAGAAUGUAGGCAUAGAAAGUACUUGAAAAUUGGGUCACUAUUUUGCACACACUCACUCAUUACUGGAACAAAGGUAAGUAAAAUGUGAAAAGUAAGAAUUAACCUUUACAAGUAAUAGAGAAAUAUUUUCUGGUGUCUCAGUUUAUAUGGGCAAGAGCAACACAUGAGUGUGAGUGUUUACUGUGUGUUCUUCAUUAUUGUACCUAUUUGUAGCUACAAGAAGAGAAUAUUAUUAUUGCAUAUUCAAGAGGAAGUACUAAACUCCUGUGGGUCGUACAGUCACAGCCGCAGAGCAAUGCUUGUGAUGAGCAUUUGUGUUUAGUUCAUCAUAAUUUUUUUUUUUUUUUUAAGGUUUCCCUUAAAUGUAAAUCAUACAAUUUUUUUUUUCUAGAUCCUUCCCAGCAGUCUUUAUGAAAAAAUUUUUCUGAUGUCCUUUUGUCAUCACUUUUUUUUUUGUUGUUUACAUUUUGUAUGCUGAAGGUGAGGAGAUAAAACCUUCCUUUUCUAUUUACUGCACUUUUUAUGAUCUUAUGUUUGGUUGUAGAAACUCCUACUGUCUGCCAUUGAGGGUAUUCUUCUGUUUCCAGUCUUCAUCUUUCUUAACUUUGGGAGUCAUUUUGUAGCACAUCUUGUACUUGUUUUGAAGGGCAAAUCAUAUUCCAACUUCAUAUGAGGUCUGCAUCCACUGUGCCAUGGUUCAGUUCAUUCCAUUUUUAUGCUGAAAUGUUUCUUUUGAUAUUCCUGUGACUUAUUUGGGAGAGUAAUUUCCAACCAUGCCAUUGUUCUUCUCUUGUCUUUGAAUCCAUAACAGUUUUGCCCCAAAGACACACUUUCCAAGUUCAGGGUUUAAUAUAGCACCUAAACAUCAACUUUUUAGGUCUCACAAAUUUUACCCAGACAUAUUAUGUCUGUUCCUUCAGCCUGUGUAGGUUUUCUCGGUAUUGAACUGUUUAACCCUUUGACUGUUUAUGUAUAGUAUUUAUCGUUGUAUUCGCAUUUUCAUGGUCUUAGGUGAUAAAAUGGAAAACAUAUUACAGAAAUAGAGAUGAUUUUUAUUACUUCCACGAUGAAAACGACCUUGAAACUGAGCUCAAAGUAGCGGAAAUGUUUGAUUUUUACCAAUGUUCAGGAGUAAGCAAAUCACACCGCACGUCCAAUACACAUCAACUGGGGAGUCUAAUAUUCUUUCACUAGUGCACUGAUAUUAUUUAUACCAAUUUUACAAUAAUGCAGUAGUCUGCAUAACAGUGAAUUUUGAAAUUUUUUGUAUGAAUAAAAAAUCAAAAUAGAAAGCAAUAAUAAUAUAACAGGGGCCUAGAGAUGUGACUAAUGAAAAGAGGAUAUGUUAUUUUAGUACCAAGAAUGUCUACCUUGUUUAUUCUGGGCCCUAUUUUGAAAUUGGCAUCUUUUUUUAUUUGCGUGAAAUUGGCCAAAUUGCCAAUUUCUGACCACUUUAUUGAGUAGUUCAAAUCGGUAAAUGGGCGGUUUCUUGUACUCAACUGAUAGAUAAAAUGGAGUUCUAAAGAAAUAGCUAUGAGUUUGGUCAACUGGAACAACGGAAUUGGCUAAAAACAGGGCUCAAAGUCGGCAAAAUCGCCGAUACGUAUAUGUCGCUGAGACUGCUAACUUCGCGGGAGCGUAAUUCCGUGAGUUUUCUACCAAAUUUCGAACUAUUGGUGUCAUUACCAUCGGGAAACGAUUCCCUAUCAUUUCAUAAGAUUUUUUUUUUUUUUUUCAAAAAAUUUAUCGACAUAGAAUGACAGUUUCAGAAAGGGGCCUGCUACAGUCAAAGGGUUAAGUGUGUCAAAAUAUCUCUUCUUUUCUACCUUGUCUGUUCCCUGGAGUAUCUUGUAUGUUGUGAUUAUAUCCCCUCUUUGCUCUUGUAGAGGCAUGGCCUUGUGCUUGCAUGCUUCGUAGAUCAUUCCAUUCAUUUUGGAAAUCAGUCUUGGAUACAUUCCUUUGGACUUCGUUUUAUUUCAUUCAAGGGGGAAAUGACUAUACUGGUGGAAGGCUUUUGUUAUAGGUGGACCCACCCUCUUUCUUCAGUCAAACUUGAUUACCUCCUGUUCCCCAGGUUCAUGCAACUCUUACGGGCUUAGUGCUUCCUCAUGAAUAUAAUUAGUGUUUUACCUGUUUUACCAGGUGAGAGUUGCACAACAGCUUUAAAUUAAACGUCAGUUUCCUAAAACCAUUUAUACAAACUAAAAGUAAUUAAAAAGUGUAUCUAAAAUUAGUUCUGUUCUCAACACUAUAACAUAAAUGUUUCAUAAUGUGUAUUAAAAUAUAUUUAAUAAAUUAUAUACCAUUUUUACUAAUUAGAUAUGGGUAUAUUAAUUAUUGUGAUAUGGUAACUGGUGGGCAGGUUUUUGUCUCUCAUUUAUUGUCAUCCAGAUCACAUACUUAUUCUUACUUGCUUUAAAAAGAAGCAGUUUAUGAUUUAUGCUUUGUGGAUUAAAUUUUACAGUGUGAACUUUUUUUGGGCUCUGUAUGGUACUAAACUUGUCAUGAGAUUGAAUCAUAAUCCUAAACGAAUGCCUGCAAACACUGGUUCUAAAUAGAGUGCUCGAAAGUAGUCUAGUGAUAGUCAUCAGUUAGAUGAAUCAUAGCACUGCUCUAUAGAUCGCUGAGAGAUAGUUAUAUAAAAUCUCCACUCUGUGCACUUGUAAAUUUGUGCUAACCUUAUUGCAAUGAGUAGUAUCAUACCUUAUACAUGAACAAUAAAAGCAAUAUAUAUAUACACCUACCAUCCGACUUACGACCGAGUUCGGUUCCGAGAAACCGGUCGUAAGUCGAAAUGGUUGUAAGUCGAACUUUACUACUGAAUGUCAACAAAACAUUUUUGUAAUGACUUUAUUUUAUUGUUUUAUUUUUGUAUUUCAUGUUUUACUUUACUUUUUAUGUUGUUAGUACUGUAUUUUAUACUGUAAGGUUUAGGAUAAACACUGUGUACAACACAAAUAGUUGUUUAUUUCCCAGAAAUUUGGCAUAAAAAACACGGUCGUAAGUCGAGCAGGUCGUAAGUCAGAUGGUAGGUG